GUUUUAUUUGCCAUUACGGAAGUCUAGGUAAGAUAAGCAAACAAAAUGAAAUUCUUAGUAUUUGCCGUGGCCUUCCUCAUCGCGGGCACCUCUGCCCUCCCCCAAACCAACGAUGUAGAAUUAAUGAACAAGGAACAGCGUUUGGUCACUGGUGUCAUCAGGGACAUCAUCCAAGAAAUCAGAAAGUUCAUCCAAGAAAAUAACCUCGACCCCCUCCUUAUUGAUAGAGCGGAGUAUAACUAUAACAUUCCUCUGUUCCUGAACGUUAGGUUAUUCGUCGAAGACCUCACCUUCGUUGGUGCUAGCAACAUCAGGUUCAACAACCUCGAUUACUCAGUUUUACUCAACAGAUUGCGAUUUGACAUCGAACUCCCAUUGCUCGGUCUGGAAAUCGGUAACUCUGGUGUUGAAGCUAAUAUCCUCGGAAAUGAAUACGACAUCAAUUUCAAGGGCAGUUCUUCAAUCUCUCGCAUUCGUCUCAGCGGUGAGGUUCGCGUUAAUGUUGGAAUCAUCUCCGGUAUCAGCAUCCGUAGCAUGGAGAUCAAGUUCAGCCUUGGAGGAAUCACUUCUGACCUCAACCUUAUUUUGUUUGGCGAUGACUUGUCUCCUGAGUUGAACCAUCUUCUCAACCACGUUAUUCCCGUCGCGUUGAAGACUUACGAGAAUGAGAUCAACCAGCUCCUGACUGACGUCAUCAGAACUAUUGCUGACUUUAUCUUGGGUUAAGAAGAAAGUUGAGAAACCAAAAGAAAAAUCAUCAUAUUUUUUCAAAAUUAACUGAAUCUACAAUGUGAUAUUCAAUUUUAAAAAUACUCCAUACUCAAUAAUCGUUAUUGUGUUACUACACUACUUCACAUUAAUUGUUAAGA